AUGAUGGGAUAUAGAACUAUGAGCGAUGAUAGCGAUUUUUUAAAUGGCUUUCAAUGGGAACAACUCAUUUCAACAUAUUUACCGAAUUUAUAUGAACUGAAAUUUCGUAUUGCACCAUGGAAGACGAGAUUGAAUAAUCAAUUAAUAGAUUCAUUUAAAACAGAUUUUUGGAUUCAACAUAAAUGGUUUGUUGAUUUUGAUGAUGGCAUACUUUAUACAACACCAUACAUCCAAUGGGCUCGUCGAAAUAGUACAAGUGGACAAACAAUCAUUUCAGGUGUUAACUGCUAUGGAUUGACAAUAGAUAAUAAUGGAUAUCUCUAUGUUUCUGGCUACAAUAAAUAUGAAGUGAGAAGAUGGAAAAUGGGAGAUACUCAUGGAACAGUGAUAGCAGGUGGUAAUGGACAAGAUGCAAAAGAAGGCAUCGUUGUUGUUGGUGAUCAAGGUCCAGGGAAUAGUCUAACACAACUGAGCACUCCUAUUGCAGUAGUUGUCGAUCAUUUACGUGCUGUCUAUGUAGCAGAUUAUGGCAAUCAUCAAGUAAUACAUUGGUCGAUAGAAGCUACACAAAUUAGUGUUGUUGCUGGUGAAAAUGGAUCGGGAGCAGGAGCAAAUCAGCUCUAUUUUCCUUGGAGUUUAUCAUUUGAUCGGCAAAACAAUCUCUAUGUCGUCGACUAUUACAAUCAUUGA